AUGGAGACACUGGAGACACAGCAAGCUUCGGAUGACCAAGACGCAGUUCCUCCUGCUGCAGGACCGGCUCGCUUGCUGGCAAGAUCGCUGUCCGCCGAUCCUGACUUAAACCCGGAGACAACUUCCAUGCUGAAUUUGCUUUCCGCCUGGUGCAUCGGCUUGCUGAUUGCGGUGGAAGGAACUUUGUCAGUGCCUUCCUUGCUUGGCUACGUGGAGUCUCUUGGCGGUGACAAGCACGCAUACGGGCUUUGUGCGGGCUGCUUUGCAAUGGCUCGUCUUCUUUGCAUGGGCUUCUAUGGCUUUUGGGUGGACCGCAGGCCAUACAAGGAGGUCUUCGCUGUUAGCUUAGGGGCUUCGGUUUUUGCCAGUCUUCUCUACGCAACAGCCCCAUCACUUGGCUUGUGGGCUCUCUUGGCCUCCAGAGCUGCGCUGGGUGUCACGGCCGCCCAGGGAGUUGCGACGCAAGCGUUCAUUGCUCGGAACACCUCUCUGGCCGAUCGCACACACUACAUGGGCAUUUUCGUGCUCGUGGCCAGCACACUGACACUGGCUGGUCCCGCCCUGAACCUUUUCAUCGUAUGGCUGCCUCACUUUACCCUCCGCCUGGGGCCGGUCUCCUUGGUUUUUGACAACUUCACCUGGGUUGGCUACUUUUUGAUGCUACUCCAGCUGCUGGCUUUGCUCUUCGUCCUGCGUGCUUUCGAAGAACCACCGCGCCGGCCUCCAGCCCGGCCACCGCCUUUAACGCCCGUAGGCGAGUGCCUCACCCUUUGGGGCUUGCUGCCUUACAUGCGACUCUUCGUGGACCCGUGGCUUCACAAGACAGGGGCCUGGUUCGUCUUCAUCCUGAAUUUCAGAAAUGCAUUUACCCUGAGCGCCAUCAAUUUCGCCGUGCCCGUCAUCACAAGCCGGGACUAUGGAUGGACGCAGCUGCACAACUCCUACGUCUUUGUAGCGCUCUCUUUGGAGUCCAUCAUCUCCAAUGCAAUCCUGCAGAGGGCUAGCAAACGGUUCAACGACCGAAACUUGAUGUCUACAUGGGCAGUAAUAAGCCAUACAGGGCUGCUGGCCUAUGCAAGCCUGUCAAGCUUUGGUGUCUCCUCGCUGCCUGUGGCAACAUUUAUCUCCAGUUUAGUGUGGUAUGAUUUCGGAUCGAGUAUGCCCCCAACGCAGUCGCUGUACUCGAAGCUGAUUGGCAAGGGCAACGCCGGAUUGUACUUUUCGGUACUUCAGAGCAACAGCUCCCUUGCGAAUGCGAUUUCAGGACAGUUGGUUGGUUUGGCUUAUGGCAGCUUGGGGGCACCAGCGCUUUGGGGCUUCGUGCAAGUAAUGUGGCUGGCCAGCUGGAUCAUGCUCUUCUUCAUGUGGAAGCGGCUGCAUCCGGCUGCCCGGCCCAAAGGCGAGGCCUAUGCAGGUUUCGUAGAAGUCGCCGCAAGUGCCAGCGGUAUACCCGGGAAUGGCGGAAUGGGUGCGGCCACUGGGCUGGUGAAGCGAAUGGGCUUCGCAUCGGAUUACCAUCCUUAUCAGAAGGACUUCGAGAAAUAUCCGCUAGAGGAUAUCCUCCUGCUUUUCGACCCUUCCAAAGCGUACGGCGAAAAGCUGGUGUGGUGCACCACAGAGGAAGCCUACAAGCGCGAGAUGGAAAGACUUACAGAUCUCCGCCAGGGCGUGAUGGACGAGUUCGAGAAGGAAAAUCAGAAGGGGGAGGAAGCCGGAAUUGAGGAUGAGCCAGAAGAGAACAUCGUCAUUCGUGAUCUCCCCAAGGAGUGUAAAGAGUGGAAGUCUGAGACGGCGGAGGCUACGCACGACGAGGUUCGUACCUUCAGCGUCCACAAUAGCCGCCCACUCCUGGAGAUAAUGAUCACCAGGCCUCGCAGCCAAUUUGGGAAGUCGACGAAGUUCAGCGACUCAGGCGAGAACAAUCAAAAUUGCAGACCGCAGAAGGAUCACAAUUUCGCCCCUCCAAAAAAGGAGCUGGAGAUUGGAAUCCAGGCUGUAAAGGAGACGCGAACGUGCUCGUGCCAGACCACUUGGUUCCGUCCCGUCAACAAGUCCACGCAGUACAUUCCUGGGGACUUCUUGCAGAAGGGCGCAGAUCUUGGCUAUGACAAGGUGGAUGAGCUUUCCAUGUUCCUCUCGACCGUCAGUGUCGGAGUCGAGGAGGCCCUUCAGACAAACGAGACGGUCGACAUCUUCCAAGAAGAGUUCGCGCAUUUGGGGGAGGAAGAGGCUGGCGCGAUCACGAAGACCCACUCGAAGCUCAAGGAGCACCCGAACUUCCACGAUGUGACCUACACGAAAGGAAAGCGCAUCGAAUGGGUCGAGUGGGUCCCGGGCUCCUCCGACAUGGUGGUCUCCUCCUGUUGUGAGAACCUGGCAUUCGUCGACCGGUUAGAGAACUCGGGCAAGGCUUCUGUGAGUACGGUGUUGGUCUGGUCCUUUGCGGAUUCCCUGAGCCCACAUGCCAUCCUCGAGUCUCCAUGGGAGGUCACGGUCUUCAAGUUUUAUCCCAGUGACCCGACCUUUCUCAUUGGUGGACUUGGGAAUGGACAAAUAGCAGUCUGGAAACUAUCCACCACCGACCUAGGUUUUGCGGCCGCAAAGACGACGAACCACGCUGCGCGUGGGGGAAGCCUGGAGGAGGAGAAGAACUCCACCAUCCCGACAGUCACCCAUCGCCAGAUGUCAAUGAUCGAUGAGUCGCACCGAAAAGCGGUGGUCGCCAUCGAAUUCAUGCCGGCGACGAUAGAGGUGGAGCGCCGCGGCAAGGGAGCCAGCGAGAAAAACCCAGCAGAUGCACCGAUCAAGUAUUUCUUGACAGUCGCAGGGGAUGGCCAGGUCAUGAUCUGGGACUUCCAGGCAAUGCUUGAUGCCAUCAAUGACAACGACUUCCUUUGGCGGCCUGUACACCGUGUACAGUUACAGCGGCAGGACAGCGGCACUGAGAUGGGUCUCUGCCACAUCCUGCACUGCCAUGAUCGGUUCGACGACAAGGGCAACAAGCUGCUGACGAACUUCUACGCCAGCACGGAAGAGGGCGAGCUAAUUCUCGGGGAUUGGGCCGCUCGGGGCGAAGAGGAUCGGAAAGCAGAUGUCGUGAAGAAGAUGUACAGCACUUGCAAGACCUUCCGGCCUAUGCUGUCGCUGGAGCGAUCACCUUUCUUUGAAGACAUCCUGCUCGGGGUUACAGAUUGGGCCUUCUUCCUCUUCAAGGACGGGCUCAGUGAGCACUUGUUUAUGUCCUCUUACACCUCGACGUAUUACACUCGCGGUGUCUGGAGCCCCACGCGGCCCUCGGUAGUUUUCCUUGGCCUUGUCAGUGGAGGGAUUGACAUCUGGGACUUCAGUGAUCAGUCUCACAAGGCGUCGCUCUCCGACACUGGGGCAUCUGUGGCGAUCACGUCCAUGAUGUUCUGCUACCACGGCGACAUCAAGGAGGGGCAGAAGCUGGCUGUCGGCGAUGCGCAAGGCCAUCUCCACAUCCAGAACAUCCCAAAGAACUUGAUAAAGCCUGGUGGCCGAGAGAAGGAAAACAUGAGGCGCUUCCUCGACAGAGAGGAGAAGCGCAGGGGGCCCAGUGCCAGCAGCAAUCAUUGCACUGCAUGCAGCUUCAGUGAACAGCUUGUUGGCAAAGCUGAUAGCGCUGUGACAGAGGGCGAGUGUGGGCACAGAGACCAGAACAUGAGAUGCCGGUCACUAAGCAGUUGUUUCUGA